AUGGCGGGGGAGCACCUGCGGGUCGCCGGGAUGGGCGGGGGGCACCCUGGCCUGUUUGUUAAUUUGACACAGGUGAAUGGUGUCCAUCCAGAAUGCAGAUUUCAGCUGGAGAUUCACAAGGAGGAAACAAGGUGCAUGGAACUUCUAAAGAAUGCAAAGCCAGUGGACUACAAAGGAUGUGUUGGAGUUUGGGAUAACAUCACCUGUUGGCGUCCUGCGAAGAUUGGAGAGACUGUCACUGUCCCUUGUCCAAAAGUAUUUAGCCUUGUUUCUGGCAAACCAGGAAAUAUUAGCAAAAAUUGUACGACUAAUGGAUGGUCAGAUAUUUUUCCUGACAUCUUAAGUACUUGUGGAUAUAAUGACUAUGAGGAUGAUUAUAAGGUCAACUUCUAUGUAAGGGUGAAGACAAUUUAUACCCUUGGACACAGCGUAUCUCUGAUUGCUCUUACAACAGGAAGUAUAAUUCUUUGCCUUUUCAGAAAACUUCAUUGUACUCGGAACUACAUCCAUCUGAACCUGUUCCUCUCUUUCAUUCUAAGAGCAAUCUCUGUUUUAGUCAAGGAUGAUAUUCUCUAUUCCAGCUCCAACACAGCUCACUGUCCAGAGGAUCAAACCUCAUGGGUGGGCUGCAAGGCUAUUUUGGUGUUUUUUCAGUAUGGUGUUAUGGCAAACUUUUACUGGCUCUUAGUUGAAGGACUUUACCUCCACAUCCUCCUUGUGCUAAUAUUCUCCCCCAACAGACACUUCACAAUCUAUCUGCUGAUUGGAUGGGGAAUUCCUACCAUAUUCAUUAUUACGUGGACAGUGACACGGAUCAUUUUAGAGGACACUGGUUGCUGGGAUACAAAUGAGCAUGGUGGUCCCUGGUGGGUUAUACGAAUACCAAUUUUAAUUUCUAUUAUAGUGAAUUUUAUACUUUUCAUUAGUAUUAUAAGAAUCUUACUGCAGAAGUUAAGAUCUCCAGAUGUUGGAGGAAAUGACCAGUCACAGUACAAGAGACUUGCAAAAUCCACGUUGUUGCUUAUUCCGUUAUUUGGAGUUCACUACACAGUGUUUGCUCUAUUUCCUGACCGCAGUUCCAAUUAUUAUAAAAUAAUCUUUGAGUUGUGUUUGGGAUCUUUUCAGGGGUUGAUUGUUGCAGUCCUGUAUUGUUUUUUGAACAGUGAAGUGCAAGGGGAGCUGAAAAGAAAAUGGCGGAGUUUGUGCUGGAAGCAGACAGCAGGCAGAGAUUACAGACUCCACAGCUCUUCGAUUUCUCGAAAUGGAUCAGAAAGCGUUUCUCAGCUCCACCGGAAUUCAGGGGCUCAGUCAUUUAUGCAGACAGAGACCACCAUGAUUUAAAUUAGCUAGGUCCCCCGAAACAUGAAAAACUGUGGGAUAUAUGAUUCAUUAUGCAACUUGGUGUGAUACUUUAUAAAAUGUACAGUUUAGUGCUUUGCUUUUCUACAUGUUGGUAUUUGGGAAAUUGGUUUAUGCAGCCAACCAGUUAGAAACAGAGAUACCUACCCCACAGAUGCUUUCUGGAUUUUUUGAAUGGUAUUCAUAUUAAUUCUGAUGUUCUCUUGCUGUUUACUAGCCGUAACUAUUCAAAAACUCGUUUACUAUAAUGGUCCCUCUACCCUCCCAACACGUCUGCAAGAUAGAUGUCUGGUAUCCUGUUCAACGCAGACUGCUUUGGUACAUGUUGAAAAGGUUAAGAUGGGAAGCAAGAAAAUUUCUUACACUUUAUUUAUACUUAAGGAAACAUUUCUUUCCUUAAGGAUUAGGAAAUUCUUUCCUAAUUAUGGAAAACAAAAUAAAAAUAGAGACAUGUAAGACUAUAAUUAACUGCACUGGGAGUUUAGUGUGCUGAUCCAGGAAAUCACGAACAUUAUUAAUACAGAGG